AGACUUUAUGGGUCAAACUGAAAUCAAAACCUCAUCAUCCUCAACACUCACCCAACCCAACAUCACACCUUGAACACCGAAACAUAACAACAACAACAUUCACUCACUCUAUCACUCCCUCGGAACUAAAAUCUCGCCUUUCUUACUAAUCCUUAUUGCCCAAGACAACAUAAUCAAUGUCCCCAAACUGUAACCGCUACAACAGCUCUAAGAUUUCCACCUAAAUCAUAGCCUCAUCUUUCUUUCUCCCUUAAUUCUAAACUCUUAGGUAAAGUGGCUUAAUUACUCAAUCAUAUCGUAUAAAACAUUUCAGAGACGACUUUUUUUGCAUUGUUGUUCAAUUGGGUCGUGGAAUCUCUUUUCAGAAAACUCUUUUUCGCCCAAAUGGAUGAUCUUUCGUCCAGCCUUCUAUGCCAAGAAAACGAUACGUGUUUGGAAGAAGGAGGUGAUGAAUUAGAAAACCAAUUGAUUGGAUCACGGCAUGAUUGUGGGGUUUCGGAGGAUGAGUAUGUGGGGAUUCUGGUUGAGAGAGAGAUCGUUCUUGGGUUCAGAAGGGACGAAAGUUUGGUGUUUGGGGACUGGGUGAAGCGUGCACGCUUGGAAGCAAUCAAUUGGGUUCUCCAAAGUGAAAAGUGGUGGGCAAUUCGAUUGCUUUCAAUUGCAUGUCUCUCUUUGGCUGCAAAGAUGGAGGAGUGCAAUGUGCCAGAGCUAUCAGAGUUCAAAUUGGAUGACUAUUCCUUUGAGGGAAAAGUGAUUCAGAAAAUGGAGCUCUUGGUGCUCAGCACAUUGGAGUGGAAAAUGGGUAUCAUCACUCCCUUUGAUUUUCUUUCCUAUUUCAUCACAAAGUUCUGCAAAGAAUCUCCACCAAGUCCUACUUUUUCCAAGACCAUGCAACUCAUCUUUACAACUAUGAAAGAGGUCAAUUUAAUGGAUCAAAAACCAUCGGUUAUUGCAGCGGCUGCUACAUUAGUGGCAAUGGAUCAAAAACUGACGAUGGAGGAGGUGGAGUUGAAGAUGAGUUCAAUUCCUCAACACAGGCUUCUAGAACCUAAAGAUGUAUUCGAGUACUACAAUCUAAUUCAAAGAUUACAAGAGGAGGAGAACAAAAGGGACACGCACACGCCAAUUGACGUGGCUGACAGCUCUAGAGUUACUUCUUCCGCAGCAAUGGCAAAGAGAAGAAGACUCACAUUCAGUGAUGAAGGAAGUAGUCAUGGGAAGGGACAGGGAUAGAAAAAUCCAAUUUUUUUUUUUAAUAUUUUUUAUGGUCUAAUUAUUUAAUGUGAAGAUUAUGUUUUGGCAUUCUUGAUUAGUUAUAGCAUUAAUCUCACCGAGAGAUAGAGGGGGGUGAAAGUUAAACCCACAUGUGAAAGGUAUUGAUUGUUGGUGCAUGAAAAGUUGUUCAGUAUUGAUUUGGUGUCUUCCUGAGAAACCAGCAAGGCAAAGAGGAAAAAGGAGGAAGCAAGAAUAAAAAUUCAGGGUUUUGGGAUACAUAUUUUAGUUGAAGUGUUCAAAUCAAAUCACCACCAGGUAAACAAAAAAAGCCAGAUGCUGAUCUAGAAAGCUGCAGAAUCAGAAACAGCCAGUUAGGACUUAGGUCAUUGUUUGUCCUCUUUUACCCUUAUAAUUUAUUGUGAUUUUUCUCCAUUA